AUGGAGCAGUUUAAGUUACAGUUGGGGGUUCAUGAGAGUGAAAUUGUGGGACGUAAAGGUUUGAGUGGUGGCUUAUUGCUAUGGAAAGAGGGUUGGAGUGUGUCAGUUAAUUCAUUUUCAACUGCAUAUAUUGAUGUAUUUGCUACUAAUCCUAACGGAUUCUCCUUUCGAUUUAUCGGGUUUUAUGGUCAUUCAGAACCAAGCCAAAGACAUCAUUCAUGGGAACUUCUUUGCAGGCUUUCUCAUAGAAAUUCAAGGCCUUGGAUUUGCAUGGGAGAUUUUAACGAAGUGAUGCACGAAUGGGAGAAGUCAGGAGGACGAGAUCGAAGUAGAAUGGCAAUGGAUGCGUUCAAAGAUGUGGUUAACAAUGUUGCCCUUUGUGAGGUCCCAACGAAAGCAGAUUUUCUUGUACUAGGAAGGGAAGGCAUAGAUUUCAUUUUGAAGAAUUUUGGGCCUCACUUUUACAUAAGAUUGAAUUAUGUGGACAACGACUGGACUGCUAUCUUGUAA